GCAGGGACGCGACAUCAGAUGGAGCAAUUAUGUCCAUCGUGAUCAUUAGUCGUAAAGAAAGACGAAAUUCGAAUGAGACAGUGGAGUUAGAACUGCAUACAAGACUUGUAGUGACGUUGGGCGAUUUGACACUAUGCUCGCGGAACCGCGUCGAAAACGAAAGUGGACACUGUCACCAAAUGUUGGAGGGAAAGAAUGGAGCGAAGAUUCGAACAAAUAUGGACAAAGAAUACUAGAAAAGAUGGGUUGGACGAGUGGCAAAGGCCUCGGGGUAAACGAACAGGGUGUUACAAAACAUGUACAUUUGUCGUUUAAAGAUGAUACAACAGGUAUUGGAUAUAAAAAGAACGCAUUAGAUGAAGCAUGGACAGAACAUCGAGAUAACUUUAAUGAUUUUUUACAACAUCUACAAGAAAAUGAAAAUUAUAAUGUAGUGCAAACAGAAGAAAGUAAAAAUGCAUUAAGUGGAAAGUCGUUAGAACUGAAAUCUGCACAAAGCCGUGCUCGUGUUCAUUAUCAAAAAUUUAUAAAACAAAAAGAUGUAAAUAUAUAUAGUUCAAAGGACUUGGCAAAUAUAUUUGGCCAAAAAGAAUUAAAUAUGAAUAAAAAUAGUAAAAAUAAAGAGGACAACAGCAACAAAAAUUCUGAUUCAAUUGGUACUCAUGAUAUCAGAAAUGGUGUUAUUACUAUAAAUGGUGGUAACAUGACAGAAUAUUUUAUGAAAAAAAGUCAGAAUUUUCCUUCAGCUUCAAAAUAUAAGAAACAAGAAGAGAGUGAUAUAGAAAAAGAAUUUGAACAUGCUGGAUUUGGAUUUGCAUCAACAUUUAAAAAAGUAAACUCUUGUGGUAAUGAGGGAAUAAGAGAAAUCAAAAGUACUUGCAAUUAUGCUUUUGAAAAUCCUUGUGUUGAACUAAAUAGCCCUGAAAAUAUUUCAGAUUUUAAUAAAAAAUCCGAAUUUUGUAAGAAAAGAAAAUCUAAUGACAAUGAAUUACAUUUAAAUAAAAAAAUUAAGAAAUUUAAAUAUGAUAGUAUAAAUGAAAAUAGUUAUGCAAAUGGUAUUGUAAAUGCCGGCUUAAACUUAGAAUGUGAAGCUAAUGAAAUUUAUAAUGGGGAAGAAUUUGAAAUAUCUAGAGUACAGUUUGGUCUUACCAAUUCAGCUUUAGAUUUAAGUGAUGAGAUAAAUGAUAAAAAAAGAGUAACAUUUAAUGAUCAUGUAGAAUAUAGUACUGAUUGCGUAAAAAAGAAAAAGAAUAGAACUACAUUAGACAAAUUUGAAGUUGAAAAUAAAAAAGCUAAAAAGAAGAAAAAGCAUAACUCUACUACUAAUAAUCCAAUGUCAUCUGGUUGUAUUAAUGAAGCUUUGGACGUAGAAACAAACGAAGAAAUACAUGAUAAUGAAAUUAACGAACAUAAUAGUAAGAAAUCUAAAAAAAGGAAAAAAAGUCGUCGACCGGAUUUGGAAACUAUAGUAGAAAUAUCAGAAGAAGAGAAGGUCUGUGAAAAUGAAACAGAGGUAAAACAAACUAAGAUGGAAGAUAAUGUACCCAAUAAUAACAUAUCUCAAGAUGUUUCAAAUAGCAAAAAGAAAAAGAAAAAGUGCAAAGAUAAAAUACAAGAUGCUACUGAGAAUAAGUGUGAUGAAGGAAAUAUAGAAAAAGAAAAAGUAUUGAACACAAACGUAAUGCUUGAAGAAAAAAAGUGUAAAAUUGCUGAAGAUCAAGAAAACAUUUGUAAAACAAAAAAGAAAAAGAAGAAAACUAAAGUCAGAGAUAUUGAGUCAGAGUUAAAUGAGGAUGUUAUUUCCGUAACUGAAACUGAAGUUAAUAACGAUGUAGAAAACGUGGAAAUAGAAAGGACAAAAUUAGAAACCGUGAAAAUAAAAAAAAAAGCUAAAAAGGAUGAUACUGUAAAUAAUUUUAGCUCUGAAUCGACAAAUGUAAAAGAUGAAAAAGAAGUUUCGGAUAAAGAAAAUACAAAAGAUAUGGAGAAAAAUGAAAUAAACAAACCAGAGAAAAAGGAAUACAAAAAAUUAAAUAAAUCAACAAAUUAUUCCACGCAUAAUAUGAAAUUUACAGAACAAGAGAAUAAAGUAUUUACGAAUACAUAUGUAAAAAAAUUUAAUGACAAAAAACCAAAUACUUCUAGUUCUUGGCAUGAAAGAGCCAAAGUGUCAAAGAAGAUAUUAACGUCUUUAUUUCAUAGAAAAUCAGUUCUAGAUUUUCCAGGUUCUAAUGUGCAUGAAAUAAAAGGGUAUGGUAUUGAUCUACAUGAAAAUCUAAAAAAAUUGUGAAUGUGUUUCCAAUGUGUAUGAUGUAUAAGAUACACUCUCCCAUCCAUGUCACCGGACAAUACGACAAAAGGUAUGGGCAAUUAUAUUCGAUGAAAUAACUUAUUUUAUGAAACGAAAUUACUACUUAUUAGAUAUGUAUAAUAUCUAGAAUACAUAUGUCAAACAGUUUAUAUGUCAAAAACCUUUCCAAGUUGUAUCUUAUAUCUUUAUGCAAAUGUAUCUUAUAUCUUUAUGCAAAUAUGACGGCCAGAAAUAACCGUGGUAUCCUUUCGUUUAACUUCAAUAAUAUUUCGGAAUGAAUUUCUUUCCACACUUCUUCCAAUUUCUUCCACAAGUUUUUUUUUUUGAUUUUGGAUACACUUCUGAAGUCUUCUGCCCAAUUCAUCCCAUAAUUCAUCGAUUGAAUUUUUUAAAUACAAGUACAUAUAACAAGAUUAUAUAAUAAAAUUAGUCCAGAAAAUUAUAUUUGUCUAGUAAUUAUUUAGCUCAAAAUAAGCAAGUGUCCGGUGACUUAUGGACGGGAGUGUACAUAAAUGGUCAAUAAUAUUUAUUAUGAAAAGUAAAAUAUUUGUUAAUCUACUGAAUUUUUU